ACACAUUUCAAAUAAUAAAUACGACUUUGAGAAAAAACGAAACAAAAGACGAAAUAUCAACUCGCGACCUGCGUGAGUAGAGUAGCCUACCGUAUUAUUUAUUUAGACAUUGGCAGAGGAGAAAAUUUUCGGUUACGCUGACCUAUAAAACGCUACUCCAAAAGCAAAAUCAUUACAUUACAUUUAUUUGGCAGACACUUUUAUCCAAAGCGACGUACAAAAAGUGCAUUUCACCCUAACUGCUACUUAUUUUGUACAGCUAUUUCUAGCCAAGACACAGUUUAGUUGUGUCCUGUCCUGCAAGUAGAUGUGGGCUGUCCUGUUGGCAGCAGUGUAAGUAAGGGUCAGGGCUUUGAACCCGAUCCUGGCAGCGACCGGUAGCCAGUGGAGUGAUCGCAGCAGAGGAGUGACGUGGGAGAAUUUGAGAAGGUUGUAGAUGAGUUGGGCAGCGGCAUUCUGAAUCAUCUGUAGUGGCUGUAUGGCACAAGCUGGCAGGCUUGCAAGGAGAGAGUUGCAGUAAUCAAGGCGAGAGGUCACCAUAGCCUGGACAAGCAGCUGGGUGGAGUGCGUCGUCAGGUAUGGUCAAAUCCUUCUGAUGCUGUACAGAAGGAAUCUGCAGGACCGUGAUGUUGCCUUGACCCUCCCCUCACUGAUAAAAACUAGACCCUAUGGUGUCGGAUUACUUGCGUCGCCAUGGAUGUCGCUUGCCUUAAAAAGUUUACUAGAUGUCGUAACACUUAGAUUUGGAGCUCCAGCUCUUCCGCACCCCUACUAAUAAAAAAGUCCAAAUAGCGGGCAAACAAUAUGGCGGACAUAGGUGCUCCAAAUGGCAAAGUUGUAGAGCACGUUCAGAUGCAUAGCUCUAUGAAGUUUUGUGUUGAUCUAACUUAUGGUGUGGGAGUUAUGGCCUUUUACGCAUGACCCUUUGCUAUAGCGCCACCAUCUGGCCGACAGGUGAUUUUUAGUGCCUGAGUAGUGGGGGGCCGUAGGAACCCACCUGCCAAAUUUGGUUGCUCUAGGACUUAUGGUUGCUGAGCCUCAGACACUUUUAGCGGCUUCGCUGCUUGGACCCCUAAUAAUAAUCCUAACAGAUACAAUAGGGUCCCACCAGCUUUGCUGCUUGGACCCCUAAUAAUUCUAACAAAUUCAAUAGGGUUCCACCAGCUUCGCUGCUUGGACCCCUAAUAAUAAUCCUAACAGAUACAAUAGGGUUCCACCAGCUUCGCUGCUUGGACUCCUAAUAAUCCUAACAGAUACAAUAGGGUUCCACCAGCUUCGCUGCUUGGACCCCUAAUAAUAAUCCUAACAGAUACAAUAGGGUUCCACCAGCUUCGCUGCUUGGACCCCUAAUAAUCCUAACAGAUACAAUAGGGUUCCACCAGCUUCGCUGCUUGGACCCCUAAUAAUAAUCCUAACAGAUACAAUAGGGUUCCACCAGCUUCGCUGCUUGGGCCACUAAUAAUCCAACAGAUACAAUAGGGUUCCACCAGCUUCGCUGCUUGGACCCCUAAUAAUCCUAACAGAUACAAUAGGGUUCCACAAGCUUCGCUGCUUGGACCCCUAAUAAUAAACAAACACAGAGCGGAAGUUAACUUCGGGCCAAGCGCAUAACCUUGGCAACGAGCGUGCGUCCGAUGUAAGCGUCUAUAAUAGUCUGCCAGCCCCAAGAACCGACUUACCUCUUUUUUCAUGUUGGGCCGCGGGCAGGCCGCAAUUGCUGCCGUCUUAUCCACCUGGGGAUGCACCUGCCCAUCACCCAAGUGGUACCCAAGAUACCGUACCUCCCUCCAUCCAAGUGCACACUUAGUAAGCCCUGCACGCCUGAAAGACUCAAGCACCACCCCACCUGCUUCACAUGCUGCUCCUAGGUGUCACUAUGAAUGAUCACGUCAUCCAGGUAGGCCGCAUUAUAUGCAAAGGGCGUAAUACCCCGUCUAUCAGGCUUUGAAAUGUGGUGGGUGCCCCAAAGGAAGUGUGACUAAUUGGUAUAAGCCGUACAGAGUGGAGAAGACUAUUUUUUCCUCCGGAGACAAGGGGAUCUGCCAGUAGCCCUAGGUCAAAUCCAGCGUAGUGAAAAAACAAGCAGACUUACAUUUUAAUAGGUAACGAUGUCCAGUUAUUUCUCAAAAAUACGAAGUAACAAUGGGCAAGCACCAGCUAUAAUAAUUGUAGGGAUUCAAGCAAUUAGUUUCACAAUUCCCUAGUGGGCUUACAAAGUUAAUUAUUUGUAUUAUUAUUACAAUAAUACAAUAAUAAAUAUAUUAUUAUUAUUAUUAUUAUUACAGGCAUUUAGCAGAUCCUCUUAUCCAGAGCGACUUACAUUGUAUCCAAUUAUACAGUUGGAUAUAUACUGGAGCAAUGCAGGUUAAGUACCUUGCUCAAGGGUACAACGGCAGUGUCCUAUCGGGGAAUCGAACCUGCGACCUUUAGGUUACAAGACCUUAGCCAUUGUUUAGUGAAUAGGAAUUUGUCAGAAUCCAAGCUCUGGUGUGAGAAAUCAUCUCUGUUGGUCAUAUGGUUUCAGAUCCCUCCCAGGAGGUCCUUUCAGUUUUGGUGAGGCACAUGUAUAAUGCAGACCCAGGGAAUUUAGAAGUCAACCUGGAAAACCAGCUAACGGACCGCGUUCAUCAUAGCACUACUCGUCACAUAAAUGGUAAUGUCAUUUGGAAUAAUUGCCUCCCCUGUGGUCUUUGAAGGUUAGGGGAUUCUAUCCUGUAUCUCGCACUCAAAAUCAAGAAACGUGCGCACACACCAUUUAUUUUCUUUGAGCAAGUGUUGCUAAAACAACAUGCUGGCACUUUCCAUCCUUAGUUACCAUCAGUCCUUAGGAAUUGAGGUGUGACCACCCUGAGGAAGAUGAGCAGUUGUCGAUGAGUGUUAAAAUAGAAAGUUUUGUUGCUGUGUUACCAUUUGUGUGUGGGAUUGAUGCUUCCCGUGCGGAAGCUUUGCUCAGUGUGUUACUGGCUUAUUUUGCAAUAAAAUGUCCUCACCUAGUGGAGUGCAUUGUUUUAAGUGACCACUUUUUUGUGGAUGCUGGAGUUUUUGGAAGAUCAGACUGCUUAUGUGAGUCUGACAUGAAAGAUGCCUGAGUGUUAAAGAAUGACAGAGAGAUGACAAGUCCUUUUCUCUCUGGUUUAAAAAUUCUAUUUUAAGUGCUUCUGACUGCACAUAUUUCUUGUUGAUAGUUUUGCCUAUGAAUAAAACUACAUGGACUGCUCCAAUGAAACGGAGAAAGCUAGAGAAGGUUCAUGCCCUUAGAAGGGGCCUGAAGACUGGGCAGGCAUAGGCCAGAGGACAGCUUCCCUACAUCUGGGGUGAGUCCGCUCAUUUCCUUGCCUAGCCCUGGUUUUUGUUUGUUUUAUAUUGCAUACUCCACACACACACAUUUGUUCGGCCAGUCUUUUCUGGUAGGAGAGUCUGACUUUGGGGUCUAAAGGGAGGGAUGGUGCGAUGUAACAUGACAGAUGUACUUAUGUUUUUGUAUUUUAUUUUAUUUAUUUACUGUGUUCAUGAAUGGAACUGCUCUGUACAGAACUGCUCUGUCUCAUCUUUCAAGCAUUCUUGUCCAGCAAACUUUUAAUGUCUUAUAAAGAUAGUAUUCUUGAUAUACAUAUUUUAAUGACCAUCAUCACACAUCUGCAAACUUUACACCCUGGAGCUUGUCUUUCUUCUGUAGGACAGUACACGUGUCCUUCCUGUGGCUUUUGUGAAGAAAACUCGUUAUAAGCAGCAUGUGAAGUACCCAUGCGAAGCCAUUCAUAUAUAGACUUGCAGAAUUCAUUGUUCAUUCAAUAAUGGUCCAGGUCCCAAGGCAGCAAAGAACUCCCACACCAUCACACCACCGUGUUUGACUAGCUGGUAUGAUGUUCUUACUGUCAAAUAUUUUAUUUGCUUUACGCCAGACAUAAUGGGACCUGUGUCAUUAAGAAAGUUCCACUUUUGACUCCUCUGUCUAUAGAACAUUUUCCCAAAAGGUUUGGGGAUCAUUCAAGUGCUUUUUUGCAAAUGUGGUUUGGUGGACUUUGGUUUGAUGGAGUCCCAGAGCCCUAGAAAUGGCUUUGUAACUAAAUUUUCAGACUGAUACAUUUCAACAACAUUUUUCAAUAUACGGUUCAAUAUGAGUGAGGUUUAGAUUCAACAGGGCUGUCUGCCAUCAGUCCUGGCCGUGUUCAAUCAGCUGAAUUUAAUCAAUUAAAUUUGGUUAAUUGGAUUGAGGGGGCAAUUACUUUUUUCACACGGCUGAUGUGGUUGUUUGAUACCUUUUUUUUGAUAAAAUAAAUGAAAUGUAUUUUAUGAGAAAACAUGUAACACAUUAAAAAUGUGUUAUAUGUUUUCUCAGUUUCCCUUUGUCUAAUAUUACAUUUACAUUUUGUCUAAAGAUCUGAAACCAUUCAUUGUGAUAUAUAUGCAAUAACAGGAAAUCAGGAAAGGGACAAAUAUUUUUUCAUGGCACUGAAUGCAUUUUUCAUCUUGCAUUAUCAUCUUGGUUUCCGGCAAGCCCACUCUUGGUACCUUUCAUAUUUCUUAUUAUCUGCACUUUCCGCCCAAUUUUUCUACUAGUUCUACAGUUUUUGCAGUACAGUCAAACUUUUUACACCAAAAUGACCGGCUAGUUCCAGACAUUGUUGCUUGUAUUCAGAUUUUUGAAAUAUUCAAAACUUUUUGAAAUAUUCAACUUUUUUUGUGGUCACUCCAUUGUGGUCACUCCAUGUAGGGAUGUUUCGUGGAACGCUGUAGGACGCAUGCGCAGGUGGUCAUGGUCUAUGAGUAGGGCGCACUUCCAAUGGCACGAGAUUUUUAAGCACAGCUUUAUCGCCUACGCUAACAUGUUCGCGUUUCGCCUACUUUAGUUAACCACUUAGCGCGUACGGAUGCUAUCCUGCACGCAUGAGUAGGAGCUACGGACACACAGCUACAACCCGCUUACGGAUGCUAUCCUGCAAGCAUGAGUAGGAGCUAAUGACACACAGCUACAACCACCGAUGCAGAUGUAUGGACAUAUGGACACUACAACGACCGAUACAGAUGGACACACGGAGGACAACAACGGUACAGAGAUGUACUCCUGUUUCCCUGACUGCGGAUCAGGAAGCCAGCCAACCUAAAGCAAGAGGAUGGCCACGUGGAGCCCGCCCCUGUCCCUGUCCCUGCCACUGUUCCCAUCAGAGUCAAGGAUGACACCAGCGAUGACGAGUCCAGUGAUAGCCAUUCCAGCAACACUGAAACGGAGGCAAGCGAUUCAUGGGAUACUGAGGACAAAGUGGGUGAUGAUGGUGAUGAAGGUCUGUUCACAUGCUUCUCUGGGAAGCCGUACAAGUACAAAUCCUUGUAUGACAGACAUCAGAGGAAAAGGUGUGGAAAACACGUGGGCGGAGUCUCAAGCAGUAGGCCAGUUCCCACGUGUUUUCAUCUUGGCAUGGAAGCGAAGGGCACGGCGAGGCAGCCCUCUCUGGACAAAGCGAGGUGAAUAUUUUCCCUCCAUCCUUGGUCGCCAUUUGGACACACUCCCGGAGCCCGGUGUCGCCUUCGCAGGUCCCUGCCUGGUUGGUAUGGAUCCUGUCCUGCAGGUCCAGCAGUGGGUGGUUGACAGCGUCCCAACAGAUCAGCUGGUGUACUGCUGUAGAGUCCCCUACUGCGAGGAAGCGGCUACAUCCGUAGGGAAGGGGAGGGAACCAGAGGGUGGUGAGCUGUCUGCAGGCAAGGAUUCGGCUGGGGGAAGACGGGCAGUUUGUCUGUUGUGUGGGAGGCGCUUCAGUCAGAACACGGCACUGGAUCAGCAUAUGGCGUCAGCGCACUACAAGAGGUUCUGGUAUCGAUGCAGCAGCUGCAACAUGAGCUUCAAGGCUCAGACUUGCCUCUGCAGACAUGUACUUCAAGCACACUGCGAUUUGAAGAAGCUGAAAUAGUGCGUGUGUAAACAGAGGUACCGGGCAGCGCAUCAGCUUCAACGUCAUGUCCUAAAACAGCACUCUGGCCGGCAUCAACAACCAUGACCCGGCCCCACGUGCCACACCUUCCAGUACCUCACCCGCAACACCUGAUGAUAAGAUUUCUUCACGAGGGAUAGAGUAGGAGAGAGCACCAACUCCUUGGUGCUUUAAAAGGUAAAGAACAUAUUUAGCAGUUUCCUUUUGAUUUCAGCAGGUGUAGUCUCUCUGGAUGGUUUCGGGGUGGAAGGGGCCUCCUGACAUUGGGGUGUGGGAGCUGGCUUUGAAAUGGAGUUUAAUGUCCUGAAAAAACAAAUUUGUUGAAAUUAGGCACAGCAAUUGAUCUGGGUGUUUUAACAACUAAUAUUUGUUUAAAGCAGGCCAGUGUUUUUCAUGUUACCCACUUUCUGCUCAACGAAAAGCUUUGGUGGGCCAGUACAGACAAGCUGGCACCUGGGUGUUAGAGCCCAGACUUGAUCCUUCAAAAAAGGCAGAGCGGAAAGCUAGCUGAAAGCAAACGCUCUAAGAGGACGAAGUUUGUUAUCCCGCUGUGGGAAAAGCUUUGAUGGUGGCUGCUAUUCAUGACCCCCUUGGGUCAUGAAUAGCAGGACCUUACAUCAUAGACUGUGGUUUGAAGAUGCAACUAAGGCUUUUGGAUAAACACUGCGUAAAUGUUGCAUUUGUCCCAUAGUGUGAAAUAGGAGAGAUGUGGGUGAUAACCUUGGGCUUCAGGCAUGCAUUCAAACAAUGAUUUUGGGUGGAGUAUUGGUCCUGUGCUAAACACGCUAAGCUGAACAAAAAUUCAGCCAUGUGAACAACCCAACAAGUAAAUACCCAGAAGUAUAAAUAACUAUAAAAACCCAGCUGUAAUUAUACAAAAUAAACUGUACAUACCCAUCUGUAUAAGUAACUGUGAAUACCCACCUGUUUAAAUGUUUGGAAAUACCCAGCUGUGUAAAUAACCAGAAAUACCCGGCUGUAUAAAUAACUAUACAGCGGGGUAUUUAUAGUUAUUUAUACAGCUGGGCAUUUACAAGCAUUUAUACAGAUGGGCAUGUACAAAUAACUGUACAUACCCAUCUGUACAAAUAACUGAAUACCAAUCUGUAUAAAUACUUCUAGAUACCCAGCUGUGUAAAUAACUACAUAUCCAAAAAUAUAAGUAACUGUAAAUACCCUGCUGCAGUAAGUAUUUGGACCGCGUCGCAAUUUAUGUUGCUUUGGGUCUGUACUCUAGUUCAUUGGAUUUGAAAAAAUGAUUAUGAGGGUAAAGUGCGGACUGUCAGCUUUAAUAUGAUAUAUUUGAUAUCAUAUCCAUAUCGAUGAUCAGUGUGGGAAUUAUAGCCAUUUUUUACAAAUAGUCCCCCCAUUUUAAGGGAGCAAAGUGAAUUGGACAAUUGGCUGCUCAGCUGUUUCUUCGCCAGUUGUGUGUCUUCGCAGAAUGCAAAGUUCAUGCACAUGAAAGCUAGCAAAAGGUCUAGUGUUGACUCUAAGUAGGAAAUUUGCAUUUGGAGUCUACUGUUGUCUCUCAACAUGAGGAGCGAAUAUGUUAAUACCAGUAAAGCUGGCAAUAUGGAGGCUUAAAAUCUGAAUAAAUCAAUCAGAAACAGCCAAAACAUUGAGUGUGUCACAAUCAACUGUUUGAUACAUUAUCAGGAAGCAAGAAUGCACUGGUGAGCUCAGCAAUAGCACACAACCUGAUAGACUAGAGAAGACCACUGUAGAAAAUGACUGAAAAAUACCUUAAUUUAUGAAGAAAAAAACCCCUUUUCUGUCAUUUCUGUCGUACUGAUCAAGAACACUCCAGGAUGUAGGCAUAGAUGUGUCAACGACUCCCAUAAAGAGAAGACUACAUCAGCAUAACCUCAAGAACGAAAUGGACAGAUUAGAGUUUGCUUAAAAAGCACAUCAUAAACAGUUCUGAAACAGAAUCUUAUGGACAGAUGAGAGUCCAUAAGUAUUAAUCUGUAACAAUUGUAGGGUGUUUUACAGUAGUGUGCCCCUUAUCAGACCCCCAAAGGAAAACAGACUGUGUUUACUGGGCUGACCGGGAGUCAGCUUACAGAUUGCACAAGCAGGAUCAAAUGCUGUUAUGAUUGUGUUUUUAUUUAAUGACUUUAGGUUUCCUUUGAUCCUUGGGUAUAUACAGUAAGGUGAAAAGUGGAAUGGUUCAAGGAAGCCAUCGGCGUGGCAUUCAUGUAUAGCCAUUCCUCAACGCACAUUGUGCACCAUUGUAUAACAAAUUGCAAUCACUUUAACCUGGCAUUCCUCUUUAACUCGUACCACUCCACACCUGAAAGUUUUAAGGUCCUAACAAACACAUAGAACUCAGGAUAUCUGCACCUCGUAGUAACUCACCUGUACACUAGUGCCGUAGCAGGAUACAAAAUUGUUUCUGUGCAGGUUACACACAACAGAGGCACAUCCACAUCUGCCAAGAUAGAUAGUAAUCCGUAUAGAGCCAAACUGUUAACACAGAAGAAAGUUUAAAACAUUAUUUUGCAGUCAGAUAACAGAUAUCAUUAAAUUAAUCUUGCUCCAGAAGUCUACAUGCGUCACUACACUUCGACUACACUUUGCCGCUUAGAUACUUCCGUUGUUUGGUGUAUCUAAGGGGAUUCUUACACAGUGAUGGAAAGAGGAAAGUAUGCUGAAACAGCACCUGGUGGUGGAGGUAGUGUUAUGGCUUGGGAAUGUAUGACUGCUCACUUCUUCAUGUCUUCAUUAAUAUAACUACUGAUGGCAGCAGCAGGAUCAAUUCUGAUGUGUACUGAAGCAUCUUAUCUGCUUAUAUCCCACCAAAUUCCUCAAAACUCACUGGACAGCACUUCUCCUUACAGCAGGACAAUGACCACAAACAUACUGCUCAAGAAACCAAGAAGUGGGCCAAAAAGUGUAAUGUUUUGACUGGCCAAGUCAAUCACAUAUCCGGAAUCCAACUGAACAAGUAUUUCACUUGUGGAAGACAAGACUAAAUUGUUUUAUUUCAAAUGCAAUGUGCUGGUGUACAGAUCCAAAACAACAAAAAUGUCACUGUCCAAAUACUUAUGUACUGCACUGUAUAUAAACUGAAUAUACCACUGUUUAAAUAACAUUGCAUUCCCAUCUGUAUAAAUAACUGUCAUGAAAAAAAUAUUUCUCCCUAAUUUCUUCUAUUAUUGCAUAUUUGUAACACUAAAUUGUUUCAAAUCUUUAAACAAAAUGCAAUAUCAGACAAAGGGAAACAAAACAUUUUAAAAUUAUUUUAUUUAAUAGAAAAAAUUAUGUGAAAAAGUUAUUUCCUCCUUAGUUACUCAAUCAACCAAUUAACAAAUUUUAAUUGAUAAAUUCAGUUGAUUGAACAUAGCCAGGCUUGAUUGCCUCCAGCCCGGAUGAGCCUCACUCAUAUUGAUCCUUACCAUCAGAAUGAAGUAGUCAGCACAAAGUUUCUACAAGCACACUAUGCCAGAUCAAAGGAAAUUCUAGAAUAGAUGAGAAAAAAUCUGUUGAAAUGUAUCAGUCUGGAAAGGGUUACAAAGCCAUUUUGAAGGUUCUGUGACUCUACUGGACCACAUGGAAUCUUCUCAGGAAUGGCUGGCUUGCCAAAAUUUCUCCAAGUGCACAGUGUGAUCUCAUCUUGUAGUCACAAAAGAUCCCAGAAGAAUAUGCAGCAAACUGCCGUCCUUUCAGUCUUUAGCUGUGGUCAGUGUUCAUGACUCCACGAUAAGGAAGAAACUGAACAAAUUGGAAUUCAUGGGAGAGUAGCAAGGUGGAAACCACUGUUAACUAAGAGAAACAUCAAUGUCCAUCUCACAUUUGCAAUAAAAGUACCUGCAUGAUCUCCAAGCUUUUUGGGAUAAUGUUCUGUGGACAGGUGAGUUUUUGACUACUCUGGUCACAUUACAUUAUGUCUAGAGAAAAUAUAGCAUUUCAUGGUAAAAACAUAGUACUGUACCAACAGUCAAACAUGGUGGUGGUCGUGUGAUGGUAUGAGGAUGCUUUGCUGCCUUGUGACCUGGUCGACUUGCCAUUAUUGAAGGAACCAUGAAUUCUUGUAUGUACCACAAAAUUAUUAAGUAGAAUGUCCGGUCAUCUGUCAUCUGUCCAUGAGCUGAAGUUGAAGCAUAAUUAGAUUAUGCAGCAAGACAAUGAUCCAAAAUACAAGUCCAAGUCCACAUUUGAAUGGCUGAAAAGAAACUAAAUUAAAACUUUCAAGUGGCCUAGUCAAAGUCCUGACUUGAACCUAAUUGAGAUGCUGUCUCAGGACCUGAAAUGAGCAGUUCAUUUAGUUUGUCUGAAUUAUAGCAGUUCUGCAAAGUGGGCUAAAAUUCCUCCUUGCAACAGUUGUUGCUGCUAAAGGUGGUGCAACCAGUAUGUGUUUCUGCACGUAAGUGCUUAAUUUAUGUCAUUUAUUGAUGAAGUGUCAAGUUCGCUUCUACGGAGCGGACAUGCUGGUUAGUAGCUUAGCCUCAAGUGUCAAGCUGGCCUUACGAAGUUGACACACUAGAUAGCUGAGCAUCAAGUGUCAGGCUGGCCUUAAACUGUCUUCUCUGUUUCUAUUUCUAUGGGGCUCUCGUCCCUUAACUUGCCCUCAAAGACCGCUCCAGUCUGUUUCCUCGGCCUGAGUCCAUGGGAUUGCUCCAACUCUGUCCCUCACCACCCAGGUCCUCUAAGCUGCACAUCACUGAACUAUACCAUUUGGUCUUCAAUUAUUCCUGUUUGCUUUCACCUUUCAUUAAAUGAAAUAAUUUAAAUACUGUGUUCUGCUUAUUCAAAGGUACCCUUUGUCUAAUAUUACAUUUUUCCUAAAGAUCUGAAACCAUUCAGUGUGACAAAUAUGCAGUAAUAGAGGAAAUCCAGAAGGGGGCAAAUAUUUUUCCAUGGAACUCUAUAUUCCCAGGUGUAUAAAUAACUAUCAAUACCCAGUUGCAUGGAUAACUAUACAUACUGUUUCGUAAAAACAGUAAAUACCCAGAAGUUUAAAUAACCAAGAGGGAAGCUGUGUAAACGAACCUAAAUGUCAAGCUGUAUAAAUAAGUUAACAGUCAGUUGUAUUAUACAAUACAGUAUGUUACGGUAUGUACCGAAUAUAUAAACUACUAAAUGGACAUAUAUAGCAGAUGUAGUCGGUCACUUACCUGGAUUAAGAUGACUACCAAGCAAAGACACAGUUUUCUUUGUUACUCAAGGGCAGGGAUCUCAAGCUCAAGUCCUGGAGGGCCACAAUUUCUGCUAGUUUUCAAUAUAUUUCUGCACUUAAGUGCUUAAUUUAAGUCAUGGAUUGGUUAAAGUGUCUGCUCACCAUGUUUCCAAGGGCUAAAUUAGCUGCAGAUUCAAAGGAAAUCACAGAACACAGCAGACUGCAUCCCUGUGGGACUGGAGUUUGAGCCCCUUGGUCUAGAGGCCUGGACAGGUUUCUGGGCUUUGAACCAUUGUUGGGGCGAAUCAUUGUUCCUCUCCCCUGUCCAAGUGUGCUUACCAUACAAAUUGUUUAAGGAUGACCUGUAUUGCUUAUAUUUAGCACAAUGUUCAUAUAUACUGCAUAUCUAGAGAUUGACUGUAGCAAUUGGUAAGGUCCACAAAAGGCUAACUCAAACCUAUUCUCUUUUCACUCUGCCUCACUGCUCUCACCUGCUCCUGCUCAGAGCCCCUAAUCAUGUGUUCUGUGUAGACAGGCCCUCUUGCAUCACUAUCAUUUUCUGCCUUGUGGGAUUUGAAUUCACAUCAGUCAAAUCACCUAUGAUUUUUAAAUUUUUUUUGUAGAAGGAAAAUGAAUGCAAUAAAACGUGAUUGUAUCACAGUGGAAAUUUAAUGGUGUCUGAAAUUUAAAGUGGCUGUAGAAAUACUGGUGAUGGACAGCUGAUAUGGAGUAUAUUUCUGUGUAUGGGUGUUGUGUGUGAUGGUGGGGAGGAUCAUUCAGAUAAUUUUCUGUGGAAUUUCCUGAAUGAUACCCGAGUCCAGAGGCGAUUCUAGGAUCAGACCUUUAGGGGGGCUAUGUGACAUGCAUACAGUGCCUUGCAGAAGUGUUUAACCGCCCUGCUAAAUCACUCAUUUCAUUGGAUAACAAUUAAUACAAUAAUAUUUUUCUAUAUAUGAUAUUUUAAUUUACAACAAUACUUUUAAUGAAUUACUAGUAAGUAACAUGAGUUUUACACCACAAAAUAUUUUUUAAGAAAAUGAAAAAUGGAAUAUGCUGUUUGCAAAAAUAUUCAACCCUUUUCACUUUGGCAAACCUCAAUUCAAUUAGAGUACACAAUGUUACCUUUAGAAGCAACCUAAUUAGUUGGGUGGUCUAUUUAUUGUAGUGUAUAAUAAUAAUGGUUCCGAAUGAACAAUCACAGAUUUCAAUACAAUACACCUGUUUUAGAGAGGACCCACAGUCAGUUAAUGAAACCUGAGGCAAAGACUCAAACAUAAUGACCAAUACUUUCCAAAGUAAAUAACCAUUAAUAAUAAACUAACUUUAACAGUACCCACACAAAUGAAAUUCACGCACUGCCAUGUUUAAAAUCUGAAAUUAGAAAAUUUACAAGCAGACUAGCGCAGAGAUGAUCUAAUGUUAGCCGUUAGCUAGCUAGCUAGCUUGUGAGCUCGCUAAAAUUACGUUAAUACAUCGCCAAUGACAUUGAAUCAACUGCACAGUAGUAUCGAUUUGACCCAACGUUCUCUGUCAGAACAUUCAGCAAUUUUAUUUGCUAACGUUUCAACUUACUUGUAUUUUUCUGCGCCAUGAAAUCCUAAAUUAUUUCAGAAAAUAAUAAUGAUAAUAAUAAUAAUAAUAAUAAUAAUUUUAUGUUUUUUAGGGGUGCUGAGAUGAAAUUUAGGUGUGCUUGAGCACCCCUAAAAAGAGUCUAAAAUUGCCAAUGCCUAAGUCAUCUCCAGAUUCAAGUGUUUGCUCAGAAAAAGAAAAGAAAAAAAUCUGUGUCUCUGUCCUCCAUGUAAACCCAUCUGGAAAAGUUUGCUCAAUUCAACAGGAUCAAUGUCAAUUUGUGGUUCCUCUUAUGGGCCCAGCCCCAAUAUUGGACUACAACAUGUGUGAGAUGCAAGCAAUGUUGAUAUGUACUCUCCAGUCACACGAAUCGAGGGCGUUUAAGGAAAAUGUCUUUCCUCCACAGCACGGUGGUUCUUAAUCCCAAUUCUGUGCAUUUGAGCAGAGGAGGAUCAUGGGACCCCCCUCACCAACUGGGGUGGCCCCAUUUCCAGUGAUGCAAGCUUCAAAACGUCAGUGGUAACCCCCCCCCCCCCACCCCCCCCCCCUUCAUCCUGAAUUGAUUUUAAGGAAAUCUGAUGAUGAUACACUGACAUCUGUUUAAAAUCUCUUCAGUGUUAAUCUGUUGCACAGUAAUUAUCUCCGCCAGGCAGGGAGCCUGGAGGGGAUCAUUUGUUUGGUUGCGUGUGUGUUUGUGUCUCUGUCCAGAGCUAAUCUUGCAUACUACUGGGCCGAUCAGCCUAAUAUUUGUUGUGCAUGAUGACAGCAGGCCAAAGACCUGAAUUCUUGAAUAUUUUGCAAAUCGGUCAAUGACAAGUAUUUUAUUUGAAUUAAUUUCCGUAAUUGUUGUCCAUUGAAAUACAUUGAGUGAUAACUCCUAACCAGCCGCUAGGGGCCGCAAGUGAUCAACAACUGCUUCCAUUUGGAAUGCCUGGCAGAGAUCUGCACUCUACUGAGUGGACUCUUCUAGUUCCUUUUUCUGAAAGGAAACUGGUUGUCAGAGUGGUGUUUCUGUUAAUACGGUGACAAAAUUGAAGCGACUUCUUAAGUAUGUAAGGCACAAUUUUGAGUAUUCCUGGACUUUCACCAAUGCUGAGGACUGGUAAAGCCACAGAUGCCACAAGUUAUAUUUGGCAACCAGCAACUGGAAGACCAGGCCAUGGGCCUACCAGGCAGAGGGGUCAAACAUACAGGCAGAUAACCCCCCUGGAAUACUAGGCUAUGGACAAUACCAGCCAGAGGGGUCAACAGGGCAGAACAAGACUGGACACCGACAGAAAUAAUACAACGUUGUAAUGUAUCGACAGUGCCACAGCACAAGAAAUGUGCAUGAAUGUAGAACAGAAUGUGAAAGAGAGAAAAUAGUUAAGGAAAUAUAUGAAUGUGGAACUGUAAGUGAAAGAGGCAGUGAUGUAUAGGAAUAAAUGUGGGAAUGUGGUCAGAAGUAGGGUGUAUCAAAAAUGGGGUUUACCUACAUGAGUGUCUGGAUAACAGAGGGACCAUGACCUUAGAACUCCAUAGAGAAUUAUCUUGGAUAGUUACAAUCAUAAGAUCGCAUGCAGUUGCACAAAGAAUCUUAUUUCUAUCAAUAGAUCACAAAGGAAUAUACUCUGCGGUUUCUCUGUUCUUGGAGGAGAAGGGGUUUUUGUGCCUAUUCCUGUCCAGACUUUAUGUGGGCAAACAAAGGGAACUGUGGGUAUGGAAUGCUUGCUCAGGAUUGUACUUAAGGGAAGCUCAAAGAAGCAUUCAGGGAGACACUGCUUAACAGUUCUCCUGGUACCAUAGUCAUUGCUGUACGGAGUCAUUUAGUUAUGUAAUUUGUCAGUGAACAUGUUCAUGUUUAUUUGCCAUAGCAAGCAUGUGAUUCUGUAUUCAGCUAUAGGUAAUGAAUGUUUUCCUAUUUUAUGUCAUUGACAUAACUGGUGAUUAUGUAUUUUUUUAAUUAAAUCCUCAUAUUUCCAUCCCAUCUGCAUCUUCCUUCCUAAUCCUUUUGCAGCCUCAUGAAUACCACUAAGGGCUGGUGCAUACAAUGCUGAGUAAGGUAACAAGUC